CCUAUCCAAUUCCACUUUUAGCAUCGCAUUUGUACGAAAAUGUGCUAAAUGUAAUCCGCUCUACUUUCUUUACUCGUACAAAAUCAUAUCAAUCUACCUUUGAUUUGAUUCAGUGACCGACCUAGUCUUACAAUUAGUUUAGUUAUUGAUUUACCAUGAAGCUACCGUAUAAAGUACUUUGUACGUUCUACAUGGAUAUGUUAACGCACUGUUGCUACUGCAAUAGCAAAACUUGAAUUUUGCGCUUCAUUCUCCGAGCUCGCGUAUACGACAUGUGAUACGUCGAAAUCUCUUAACUAAAGUCUUCUUCUUCUUCUUCUUUAUGUUUCUUCUUCAUUAUUCCGGAGCACACGCGGCGGUAUCCGAGACAUUACCAUCCGUAAUCAUGAAACGUCGAAUUUAUUAUCGUUAUGAUCUAACUCGAAUAAAUUAUCAUUAUGAAGCACCAACAAGUAACCAUAGACAUGACGAACAUGGUGUUCACCGCUUGUUCUUAUUUGGCGCUCGCCGGGGCGGUCUGGAUAUUUUUGCGACUUCUUCAGGCUUGCUUCUGGCUACCGAAACACUUGAAGAGGCAAAACGAUGUUCAAAGGAUGCUGCAGGAGAAGGUGGACGGCUACGAAAAGUACGUGUUAGAGUGCGAGGAGAGGGAAAGGGCAGAGAUGUUGGAUCAGAUCGACGACGAGAACAAGAGCCUCGAGAUGUCGGAGAAGUGGAAGGAACGAAGAGAGUGUUUGGAUAUGCUGAAACGAGAACUGCAAAGGGUUCGCGAAGGUAAAGACAUGUCCGAUUGGGACUCUUUGCUGGACGAAGAAUUGAAGAAGCACGCGGAUCUAGAUCCUGACAACGUUUUCGAGCAAGAGGAAGGCGAAGGCGAAGGCGAAGACGAGGAGGAAGGGGAGGAGCGGAAGAAGAAGAAAAACCUCACAGAUGACGGUAAUCGGGACGAUGGUAAGAAAGACGAGAAAAGCAUCGAGGUAGGUGCCGAGCCAAAGAAGGAAAAGUAAUCGCUACUACCGUCGAGUGCCUUAAAAGUGCCUUGUUGAAACUGUUUGAUCGUUACUCUGACAGAAUAUUUACGUGACCAUCUUUUUGAACAAACGGCCUUUCGAAAAUUAUUAACUAUGCAUUGAAAAGUAUCUUGAUACGUAAUAUCAAUACAUUUGGUAGACCGGAGGGGGGAGGUUUCUCGAGCCUACACGUACGUUGUUGCUGUGAUUCACCGAUAAUCACUGUAAUAAUCACUUUGUUUCACGAUUUGCUUAUUCGAGAUAGAAUAGACAACAAAGUUGCUUUGUUAAAUGAGAGUGAAUGGUUGAUGUGUAUUGCCGUGUGAAAAAUUAUACGUGUGUAUUCAAUAAUGUAAAAGGAUGUCUUAAUAAUUUCUGCAUUGCUAUAAAAGAGGAACAAGUACAUGCAUAUAUUUCUUGCUUUACAAUUUGUAGUAUCUGUACUAAAUUAGAAAUUAUGUCUAGAAAGAGUUAGGAUAAUUAUAAGAGCGACCAAUCUUGUGAAUUAUCUCAUGUAUAAGGUGUAUGUAACGAGUCAUAGUUACAUAUCCAAUUUGUUAAUCUGUGUUUUUCUACAUUACCUUUAUUGUCACCUUUAUUGUAAAAUCAAUAAAACGAUAAAUAGUCGUAAAAAUUAAAUGUCUGAAAAUAA